CGAGAUUAUUUAUUUACUAGGCUAUAAUUUUAUCAGGAAUAUCAUAAUUAUAGUAUAUCAUUAAUCCAAGAGUACAUUUUUUAAAUAAUGAAAUUAAUUUUAAUAUUAAAAUUAUAUUCCAUUAUUGUUAUAUGCUAUCAAGUCAUUGGAUUGGAUAAUAAUAAUACUACUACUACCCGAAGCUUAUUUUUAUCCCCUUCUAUUCCUUUUACUCCGUAUAUAAUUUAUGAUCUAUCUGGUAUACCUGGACAAGGAUAUUAUAUGACAGUUUACAUUGGUAAACCAAGUCAAAAAAUUCAAUUACUUGUUGAUACUGGCAGUAGUAACUUAGCAAUUGCUGGUAGAAAUUUAACAAAUGUUGACAAUUGGUUUAAAUCUACCAAAUCAUCUACAUUGAGAUGUAGUGAUCACUUAAUUCAACGUGUACGUUAUUUGAAAGGUUAUUGGACUGGUGUUUAUUGUCAAGAUGAAUUUGAUUUUACAAAUAAACAAGAUACAACAAUUAUUAAUCAAUAUUCAAUCAAUACUACUAAUCAAAUUCAAUUAUCAUUUAGUUUAAUUUUUAAUUCAAAUAAAAUAUUUUUAUCACAUAUUUAUAAUCAUUCUACAUGGUAUGGAAUUAUUGGAUUAGGAUUUACAACACUUUAUAUUAAACCAAAAUUAAUCAAUAUUUAUAAUCAUCAUCAUUAUCAAAAAAAUUUAUUGAUUAAUUGGAAAAAUCAAUUAAUUAAUCAAUUAUUUGAUCAUAAUCAUAAUCAUAAUAAUAAUCAAUUCACUUAUAUAGAUCAAUUAAAUUCUAUAUGGAAUAUACAUAAACAAUUUGGAUUAUUAUUAUGUGGAACUACAUUGUUCAACGAUCCAGAUAUGAAUUCACGAAAGAUGUCAGGUAAACUAAUAAUUGGUCGAACAGAUUUAAAUCUACUCUGGCCGUCUACUUAUAUUACUAACAAUAUGUCAUCAUCGAAAAUACCAAGCUUAAACCCAUCGACAGUUUAUUACACGCCUAUUCGAAAAGCAUGGUAUUAUGAAAUAAUUCUCACCGAUCUUUUGAUUGAUCAAUACAGUUUAGUAGAUAAUUGUAAAGAGUUAAAUUUAUAUAAAACAAUCAUUGAUAGUGGUACAACUAAUAUUUAUUUACCAAUAAAAAUAUUUCAACAAUUAAUUCGUUAUAUUCUAAUCAAAUAUAUCGAUCAGAAAUCGAUUUUUAAUAAUAUUAAAAAUAAAAAAUUAUUUUGGUAUGGUAAAAAUGCAUAUUGUUUACCUAAAAUAAUCAAUAAUAAAAUCAAUCAUGAAAAAUCAAUAAAAUUAUUUUAUCAAUCAUUUCCAAUGAUUGAAUUUCAAUUAAUAUCAAGUUAUAAUACAUUAAAUGAAAUUAUUUCUUUAUUAUUAUCACCACAGCAAUAUGUUAGAUACCUUGGUAGAAUAAACCGAAAUAAUCAAAGUAGAGAUUGUUUUGCUUUUGCAAUACAACCAACUCAUAGAAAUACAAUAUUGGGUUCAGUAUUUCUUGAAGCAUACUAUACUAUAUUUGAUCAAGAAAAUAUGCAGAUUGGAUUUACUAAUUCACCAUGUAAUUCAUAUACAAAUAAUCCAAAUAUACCUCUAUCUAAAGUGAAUGGAUUAAAACUAUGGAAUGAAACAUUUAAAUAUAUUUCAUCAAGAAGAAUUUAUCAAGACAAUAUCAAUAUUCAUCAUCUUUCAUCACCAUUGGAUUGUGCUGUUUAUAGACCUACAAAAUCUUUACAAUUAGUAUAUUUUAAAGAAUUACAUUCAAGAAUAUUUUGGUUAUCUACAAUCGUACAUUUCUUUUUGAUUCCUUUAUAUAUUUUGUUAAAAAUUAAAUAUAUUCAUUAA